ACAGGGUUUCCGGUAUCGUCUGAUCUCGCCCGAAAUUGCGGGAGAUUGGAAAGUUGUCUAUCCUCGUGAAGUGGAGCUUCAGCAUCGGAACGGGAGGGGAAAACAGCGCUGGAGGGAACAGUACUAGUGCAGAGGACUUUCUUUGGUGGUUCACUUGAAUCGGUGGCGCAAGUAGAAUGGAGGACAACUUAAACGCCGUUCUUAGUUGCGAUGACAAGGAACAGUUGAGGAGGAAGUUGUCCCUGCUUCAGAAGGAAUACCUCCGGACAGCUCAACGACUUCAGCGUGCAGAGCGAUCAGAGACAGUCCGUAGGCACGUAAGGAGCCGGAUCUCCCAGCAGAACCAGGAGAGGGACGAAGGCCAAGCCAGCUCAGCUCUCUACCCAGCCUUGUCCCCCCUCACUCUGGGCAGCCCGGCCAGGGCGCUCCCAGGCUCAGCUCCUGGCCUAGGCCAUGUUGGAGGCAGCUCGGUGGGCCAGAAGAGGACUCCAUCUGUCCGCUUCCUCCUCCCUGCUGGAGGAACCUGCCCUUUGACCCCUGACCCCGGACACACACAGGGUCCCUUUUUAAGUCCCGCCCCUCGCCUCAGGUCACGACGAAGCAGCCUGCGCCUGGAGGAGAGGGAGGAGAAGAGGGGGGAGGAGGGGGAGGCAGAACAGCUGCUGUCAUGCUCCGAGUCGGAAACCCCCUCUCUGCUGAUGUCACACUGUGACACAGAUACACUGCCUGGGAGGAGGGAGGGAGAAGGAGCUGUAAACCAAGAGAUGGAGGGAGAGGAGAGAGAGGGAGGAGGAGAGCAAGAUGAAGGAGACGAGGGGGAAAUAGGAAAAGAGGAGAUGAAACAAGGAAAGAGAGAAGGAGGAGAGGAAAGGAGUGUUCUGGACUCCUGCACACUGGUGGAGGGUCUGCUUUUCCCGGUGGAGUAUUACGUUCGCACCACAAGGCGCAUGACGUCCUCCCAGAGCCAGCCUGAUCUACGUGCAGUCAUUCUGUCUCAGCUCUCCAGGGGGCGCAAGAGAGCCAGACCGACCGCACACACACACUCUGUACCACGCUCACACACACGGCCAGGGACACACACACACUCGUCUCAGGGUCCGGACGGCGACCAUGUGACCUCGGAGUCGGCAACCCAAUACAUGUCUGCUCGGGAGUCAGUGACCAAUGAGGAUGCGUGCUUAGUCUCCAAAGGCUGCAUUGCUGAACCAAUGAGAGGCUGCCUCAAGAGCAGGAAGUGGAGGAGAGGAAACAGGAAGGGGAGGGGUCUGGGAGGAUCUCUGAGUUUAGACUUGCUGGAGGUCUUAGCACCAGACAGACCCCGGCAUCCUGCUGGUCCUGGCCCAGCCUCGCAGCCCCUCCCUGGGGCACCAGGGCAAGGAGGCCAGGCUCUCUCUGGAGGACCAGAGACCAAGGUCUACCCCAUCUUCAGGACCAGCUCUCCUCUACAGAACAGAGGGAAUGUGUCAUCUCCCGGAGCAGUGCAUGCUGGGAGCCUCACACGAGUCCUGGCGACCUUCGACCUCCAGGACUUCUAUCUCCCUGACGACCAGUUUGGCAGGCUCAAGCUGGAAAAGCUGCAACGCAUCGUUGUAGAAACGCCGGAACCCUUUGCCGCAUCUCCUUACAGCACCCGACGCAGACACCUCGGCAACCAUAUCCGUGACGAUGACUGGUACCACGUUGCCGUAGCUACGGCAGAGCCCCUAUCACUUAGCCUCACGCCCUCUGUCAUAGACUCCGCCCCUCCCCUGAAAGAACACAGUUCGAUUGGCCAACCUGAGCAGUCUGUGGGACACCAAUCAGAGGAAACGUGUGAGAUUGACAAGCCUCUCGGCCAACCAGAGGUCAUCCCCACUGUAGACUACCAAUCACAAGGUCCCAAAUCUGUGAUUAACUGCAAAUCAGAGGACAAGCAUUGUGACCAAUCUAAAGCCCACCUGUCUGUAGCCCACCAAUCAGACGCCCAGCCUAUAGAUCAGGAAGUAGUUGAGUGUCCUUCUGAAUGCCCUGCCCCCCAGCAUGGCCCUUCCCAGUUCCUCCUAAGUCCCUCCCUGACCACACCCAUUCAAACAGAUCACACCCCCUCUGUGCAAUCCAGCCUCCAUCUACCUCUCCUCGGUCUCACCCCCCACCUCUCCCCCUCCUCUCUGCCCUCUCUAGGGCUCACCCCUGCUCUCCCCCCCUCCUGCUCUCCCCUCGCCCCCACUCUCACCCGCACCCGAAGCCCCCAUACACAGGCCCUCUCCCCUCCCUCCCUCUCCCCCCGCCCCUCUGACUCCCCCGUCUCUCCCCUCUUGCUCCUCACCCCUUUGCACCUUAACCGAUCGUAUGACAGAACUCCCCCACCUGCCCCAGACUCCCUGGGGGGAGGGGAGGAGGAGGAGGAGAGGAGAUUUGUCCUGAGGAGAACCCACACGCUGAAGGCCCCUGCAGGAGACAGUGUAGUGGAUGCAUGCUGUGUGUACUGGCUGACAGCAGAGGUGUGUGUGGCCAUAGCAGGAGAGCGCAGUGUGUGUGUGUGGAGGACAAACACACCGCCCACACGGCUGCACACCUGGCACUUCACUGAGCCAGUGAUCAGUGUGUUUCCAGUGCUGGAUGUUGCUGGGCUGCUGUGUGUGACUCUAGGAGAGCUGGAGGUCAGGGAAACCAGGGUCCUGUCCUGUUGUCUCUCCCAGGUGUUGCUGAGCGAGGAGGCGGGGCAAGUGGUAGUGGGCGUGUCCCGAGGGUGUGUGGUUAGCUCCUCCCACUCAGCGGCCCCCCUCAUCCAGGUGUUCUCUCUGCUGCAGGAUGGCAGGGUGCAGUCCACCCAGCCUCUCGUGUCCCCAGGUGCGUGUGUGCGUGCGCUGGCUGCUGUGGAGGGGCAGGAGGACGCUCUGAUUGGCUCAACCGACGAUGGCCAUCUUGUGUUGUGGAACAUGAGGACUGGCCAGCUGCUACAGAGGAUGUUGCUGCAGCACAGUUUGACUCAGACUGUCAGCCUGAGAGGAUACAGCACCAGGCAGGGGGUGCUGUUUGUCCUGCUGCAGCACACGUCCCACAGCGCCCUGGAGGAGGAGAGAGGAGAGAGGGAGGAGGAGAGAAGAGAGAGGGAGGAGGACAGGAAGACUGAAAGGAGAGGAGAGCUGUUCUCUCUGCUGGCCACCAACCCUGUAACUGGAGGCUCUGCUGUGGUCUCUGGACUGGAGCUGCCUGGGGCCUGCUCUGGGAGGUUGUUGGAGGUGGAUGUCCUUGGCUCCAGAGUCCUGUAUGUGACCCAGAGGAGUGGGGGGGCGCCCGGGGGCGGGUGUGUGUGUGUGUGGGAGCUGGGGGCUCUUCGAGGGGGGGACACGGUGCUCCUGGGGGAGGGGGAGGGGGGCUACCUGCUCGCCCUCUGGGGAGGUGAGAACACCUUGCUGAUGUCACACCCCAACGGAGACCUGUCUAUCUAUCACUACACACCUCGAGGCACCUGACGGGGUACACCAGUGACAAAAUCCUGUGCUGUAGUUUAUUGUAUUAAUCCAAACAUUAUUCUCGGUUACUUGAGUUUUAAAAGAAACGUUUGAAAAAAAGUUUAACCUGCUGUCUUAAUUGUUGCAAUAUAUGUGUUAUUGUAUAUGUCUGUAAUAAACGUUCAUACAAUUUC